GCCGGCGGAGCAUGAGGGAGCCAUGAGCCCGCUGCGGGGGUGGCUGCUGGCCGCGCUGCUCUCGCUCGCCCCGCGGGCAGGUGCUGCCUCGCAGGCCGGAGCGCUGCCGCGGCGGCUCCCGCGGGCCGCAUGGCAGGAGGGGCGGGUGCUCUCCCAAAUCACCCACCCCAGCAGGCUGGUGGGGCAGAGCUCGGGAGGAGAAGUCCCCAAGCAUCAAUUGGACACCAGGGUCAGGCAUGAGCCCGGAGGAGGAGGAGGAGGAGGACCCGGGCUGCACCUGGCACAGGUGAGCUUCAUGGUGCGUGCCUUCGGCUCAGCCUUCACCCUCGAUCUCCGGCUGAACCACCACCUCCUCGCCUCCCACUACGUGGAGCGGCACGUCGGCGCGGGCAGCAACGGCAGCCACAGCACGGGCGCAGGGGAGCACUGCUACUACCAGGGCCGGAUCCGGGGGCAGCCGCGCUCCUUCGCUGCCCUCUCCAGCUGCCAGGGCCUGCGCGGGGUCUUCUCGGACGGCCGAGCCACGUACCUGAUCGAGCCCCAGGCGGGCGCCGAGCGCGGGCAGGGUCUUCGCCCGCACAUCGUGCAGCGCAUCCCCAGCUGUCCCCGACUGGGCUGCCUCUUCCCUGCGCUGAGCCAGCGUGUUCCCGGGGGCAUCCCAAAGCUGCGGCGGCGGCGGCAGGUCCGCCGAGCCCAGCACACGGUGCACAGCGAGACCAAGUACAUCGAGCUGGCCGUGGUGAACGACCACCGGCUGUUCCUGCAGCUCCGCAAGUCCGUAGUUCUCACCAGCAACUUCGCCAAGUCCGUGGUCAACCUGGCUGACAUGAUCUACAAGGAGCAGCUCAACACCCGCAUCGUGCUGGUGGCCAUGGAGACGUGGGCGGCCGAGGACCGCAUCCGGGUGGGACACGACUCCCUGGAGACCCUGAACGAGUUUGUCAAGUACCGGCGGGAGGGGCUGGCAGAGCACAGCGACACCGUGCACCUCUUCUCGGGUCACACGUUCCAGAGCAGCCGCAGCGGCAGCGCCUUUGUCGGGGGCAUCUGCUCCGCUGCCCGCGCCUGCGGCGUCAACGAGUACGGCAACGUGGCGGCCAUGGCGGUGACACUGGCACAGACCCUGGGGCAGAACGUGGGCAUGAUGUGGAACAAGCACCGCACGGCGGCAGGGGACUGUCGCUGUCCGGACGUGUGGCUGGGCUGUAUCAUGGAGGACACAGGGUAUUACCUCCCGCGGAAGUUCUCCCGCUGCAGCAUCGAUGAGUACAACCAGUUCCUGCAGGACGGCGGCGGCAGCUGCCUCUUCAACAAACCCCUGAAGCUCCUGGAUCCCCCGGAGUGCGGCAAUGGCUUCGUGGAGGCGGGCGAGGAGUGCGACUGCGGCUCGCUGGCGGAGUGCGCGAGGAGCGGCGGAAACUGCUGCAAGAAAUGCACCCUGACCCACGACGCCAUGUGCAGCGAUGGGCUCUGCUGCAAGGGCUGCAAGUACGAGCCACGUGGAGUGUCCUGCCGGGAGGCUGUGAACGAGUGUGACAUCCCUGAGACCUGCACCGGGGACUCCAGCCAGUGCCCCCCCAACCUGCACAAGCUGGAUGGAUACUUCUGUGAGAACGAGCAGGGCCGAUGCUACGGCGGGCGCUGCAAGACCCGGGACCGUCAGUGCAACGCGCUCUGGGGCCGCAGCUCGGCCGAGCGCUUCUGCUACGAGAAGCUGAACGUGGAGGGGACAGAGCGGGGGAACUGCGGCCGCGAGGGGCUGGGCUGGCUGCAGUGCAACAAGCAGGACGUCCUCUGCGGCUUCCUCCUGUGCGCCAACAUCUCGGGCUCGCCGCGGCUGGGGGAGCUCAGCGGGGAGAUCGCCACCACCACCUUCUACCACCAGAACCGCUACGUGGACUGCAGGGGCGGCCACGUGCAGCUGGUGGACGGCUCGGACCUGAGCUACGUGGAGGACGGGACGCCCUGCGGGCCCGGAAUGCUCUGUCUCGACCGCAAAUGCCUUCCAGCCACCGCCUUUAACUUCAGCUCCUGCCCCGGCAGCUGGGACGGGAAGAUCUGCUUCGAUCACGGGGUUUGCAGCAACGAGGGGAAGUGCAUCUGCCGGGCCGAGUGGACGGGCAAGGACUGCAGCGUCUACGACCCCAUCCCGGAGCCGAAGCCCACGGGGGAGACGGAGCGAUACAAGGGUCCCAGUGGCACCAAUAUCAUUAUCGGCUCCAUCGCGGGGGCCGUGCUGGUGGCUGCCAUCGUCCUAGGGGGGACAGGCUGGGGAUUUAAGAACAUCCGCCGAGGAAGGUACGACCCGGCGCAGCAGGGAGUGUAACCGUGUCCCCCCCAUCGUCCCGUCACCGUCCCUGUCACCGUCACCGUCACCGUGCGGCAGCCCGACGGCGUGGGAGCCUGUCUGUCCGUGUGCUGUGUGUCCGGCCGUGCUGUCUCCAUCUCUGUGCCCCCCCGGCUGAAGGGGAGCAGCGCUGGGGGGGGGGGUCUGACAGCGUCCCCCCCCCUUGGUGCUGGCUCAUUUCAGCUCAGUGUCCCCCCGUGUGUCCCCCCGUGUCACAGCCCCCCACUAAACGCUCCCCACUUUGUG